AUGUCUAUUCGAGAUGGUGUUUCCAAAUUGAUGUUUACAUUAACAGAACCAAGCAAAUCCUGUUUUAUCUGGUCUUUACUAUUUGCUGGUGGAUUUUUAUUUUCUGGAGAUAAUAGAGGUGUAGUGAGUAUUUGGGAUAUAUCUGUCGGUGGCCAAUUGUAUAGUUUCUCUUGUCAUCAUGCUGAUGUUCUUGCUUUGGCUUCCAAUCCUGAUGGUUCAGUUAUUUUUAGUGGUGGAGCAGAUGCUAUUAUACGGAGAUUCGAGUUCACUGUGUCUGAAACUGGAGAUGGUCAGUGGCAAUGUAGCGGUAUAAUUAGAGGUUCCAGACGUGAUAUUCAUGGGUUAGCAUUCAUUCCAGGCCAUCAUUAUGAUCCUAGUGCAGAUUCUUCUUUCUCAGAUGUCCGUUUUGAACCUCAUCGUCUUGUUGCUGUGGGACAAGAUGCACGUCUACAGGUAAUGUCGUGUGAAUCAAUCGAGAUGGGUGUUGGAGUCCUCGCUUUAGCUGAAAAGACUUUGGCAAUCAAUGUUGGAAGACCUGAAAAUGGACAUAAAGUCAAUAAUGGAUAUGUUGCUGCACUUCCAUUUUGGCCUGCUUCUGUUGCACCCUCGCAUCCAUCACCAGCAUGCUUUGUUACAUUGCCUGUAGGAUCAAUACAUGGUGCUUUUGGUGGUCAGACAGGCGCAUCUCGUCAUUUAUGUCUUCUUCACUAUCCAGACAAACUUUGCUUAGUACGUCUUGGUCAGCCAAUCACAUCUGGCCGCAAGAAGGUUUUUAGAAACUUUUAUUCCAUAAAUCUUGGGCCACUUCAGAUAGUAGAGGUUCAUCCAUCUAAGGGUAUGGAGUUUAUUAAAUCUAGUUUAUCUCCCUGUGGAUCUUUCAUUGCCUAUAGCGACUUCAGACGAACUCGACUGCUGAAAUUAGAUUUGGCAUUUAAAAAUAAACGAAGAAGUUUCUGUGUAUCAAAAGCAAAAGUGAAACCAGUUGAGUGGGGUAGUAACCCACAUGAUUCAAUUUGUGAUUCUACAAAAUCUCGUCAUAAACGAGUACGUUUGGACAGUUGGAGCAAAUCAUCUUCAAAUACAUCAUCUUCAGAGACCGAAACAGAUACAGAUGAAAUUCUACAAGAUGCUGACAUCCUGAAAUAUUUCAUUAUGGAUAAAUCAUUCCAGUCAUCAGGUGGGAAUGAUCAACUUGGAUCAUUUACUAAGGAUUUGUGUGAUUUGUCUGGUAUAGAGCAGAAGAAAUUAAAUACACCAACUAUUCCACCUUCAUGUUUGUUGGCUUUUACUCCUAAAUCAGAAUGCCUGUUAUUGGUAACACAAAAACAUGGAAAAUUUAUGUGUUUAUCUGUGGAGAAUGGCAACAUUUUGUGGGAUCGCGGCAUUGAUGGAGAUAAUGAAUCACACGUUCGAGCUCAUGUAAUGUCUGUUUCAAAUGUUAUUACUGAGUGUGGUUCCUUAAUUGGACUUGGUUGUUCUGAUGCACGUGUACGCUUAUAUGAUUCAUCAACUGGUUCUACUUUGUUCACGUGUUCCUGUAUAGACUCAGUCAGUGGUCAUUCACCUUUGCCAGUAGCAAUCGCAUUCUCGAAUAUUAUCAGUGAACAGUCAUCUACCGAAUUAUCCAAACACAGGUUUUCAGUAUUGUACACAAAUAGUCAGUUAAGAGAAUGGAAGAUAACUAUAAAACACUCAAAUAAUGUAGACAAUUCUGGUGAGUCAGAUCAUACAGUGAUUCCUGUAGUCCCGACAAAAUGUAUCAUCAGUGUUAAACUAAAUAAAUGGCUUGUUAAAUUUUGGCGUACAAUGGGUGAUGAAAUUUCACGUAGUUUAGGAGUGUUCCAUAGUCUAGAUUAUAUUGGACCGAAAAGUUGGCUGUUAGCUUCGAAUCGAUUUUUAGUUAUUUUAACUCCUCAUAAGAAUUAUGAACUUGGGAUGAUCAAGAAAAUCCUUACGUACAAGAAGACUGUUGAUGACGACUACUGCUUAUAUAUUUGCGAAAACAUCAAAAACAUAAUCCAAACCAAGGUUCUAUCAGAAUCAGAAAUCGCAGUUGUUGCUAUUAAUUCUGGCAAUAUCACUUCUCAGCUGGCUCCACCAUUGCAAAGGAAAUUGUACGGAACAUAA